AUCCUGACGUAAUAGUACGCUCCUUACCUCUACCGUGGCACGGAUUGUUUGGUUCGCUUGCCGCGUCUGUUCACCAUGCACGUGACUGGCUCGCAAAGCAACAUCAGGACGUCACGAUGAGACGACUGGAGGCGAGCAAGAAUCCUCCUUUGUGGCAUGACCUUCUGGAGUCACUCACAGCACAAGUCGCAUUCUUGCUGUGCGAUAGAAAAAUUGGAAUGCUUUCUAGGUUGUUGCUGUUACCAAUCAAAUUGCAACAGAGGUUUCUCUCAUUGCUUUUGUUGGAGCAUGGCAGACUUCCUCAUCAAGGCUUGCAUGAUUUCGUUCAACGCAUUUUAUCGUAUUCACGACAGGAUGAUUGGAUAUUGACAGAACUGUAUCUUCUUCAUGAUAAAUGCAUUCAGUUUGCAGAUGUGAGUUGUGAUUGUGGCCUUCAUGUUGAUUCAAGGUGGUUGUUAUCAUCGGUUGAGACAAGGUGCCAAGCAAUAGAAGACAAGCUAAAUUAUGGUAGAGUUGAUUCUAAAUGGCUCACAGGAUGGAAAAGAAAUGUGGAUCAGGUUAUGAUUAUUGACAACGAUUCAAAUGCUGAAGAAUGUGGGGAAAUGGAAAUAUUAUUUGGUGGUGAAAGUGUCAGUUCUCUUUCUUUUAAAGAUAGUUGCCUCAACUAUAAAGAAGAUGAGUAUGAUACAACUGAAAUUAUGUUGAACGAUGAGGACACAGAAAGCAGCAUCCUGGUGAAGAGAAGGAAGAUUAAUGAAGAAUCAGAUCAUGUUGUGCCAACUGUUUCACCUGAUAAUGAUAACAACAGUCAAGAUACAGAAUUGUCUCAGAAGUCGCUAUUUUCACAGGCAACUCCUACAAAACUGAAACUGGACAAAAUGCAAGAGCUGCAAGAUGAAAUAAGCAUGUUUGAAUCUGACUGCACUUUGUCAGUAGACAUGAAGAAAGCUGUUUUGAAGCUGAGAGAUGACGUCUUAUCAGGAUCUGCUUUGCACUCUGAAAUGGAAGACGAGCUCGAAGUCAUUUUAAUGAAAUGCCACACUCGACAGGUAUCUGAUGUUUGUAGCAAACUAAAAUGCUCCAAUCUCACAGAAAGUCAGUUUACGUACUUAGCGAAUCGAAUGUGCCGGCUCAAAGUUGAACCAAGUUACCAAACAUGCUGUCAGUUUAUGAGAGAGGCAUUUCUAUCUUGGUUUUUGUGUCUCCAGCAGUCUGCAUCACGAGCUGUUGUCUCUGUAGCAGAACGACUGGCACAGAAAUUUUUACGGCCGUUUUUGUCUAGCAUUGCUGUUCCUUUGAUGGCAUUGGAUACUUUGAGCAAAGUUCAAGUUGAACUUUUGUCUCGUGUCAUACGCAGUUCACUCAGUAUGGAUGAUCAGCAUGAGCUACUUAGAGAAUACCUGGUUUUCUAUCUUGCUAGUAAUGCUGUUUGGAGUGAUGGAACAGUGACUGUACUUUGUGCUCUAGUUGACACAAAGGCUCGUUUCAACAAGGAUAUGACUGAGAUGUUGGUGCUAGCACUUGAGAGGAAUGCUCUUCCAUUCGCUUCUAGUUUGCUGUUUGCUAAGUUAGCUUUGACCGUUGUCCAGCAGCUCAACUGUGAGCUGAAUUGCCAUGUUGUUCGACUCCAAGGAAUAUUUGACUGUAACAAGACAUUUCUUCGCAAGCCUGGUUUGACAGCAUUAGAAAAGAUUGAGCAAUUGACCAACUAGUUGUACAUAGUAAGAUGAUGAAUAUUUCCAAAGUUUAUAU